UUGGAAGGAGUGGGCCGCACGCUGUGGCCGACAUGACGGCCCCAGGUCAGAGCCCCCUAGCACCGCUGUUGGAGAUUUUGGAAGACCCUUCCACCUCCCAUGGAGAGCAGACUGACGCUUACCUGACUCUGGCCAGUCGGAUGAGUGGAGAAGAAGGAAAAGAAGUCAUUAUAGAAGUUGAGAAAAAGCUUUCUCGAUUAUACAAAGUUUUUAAGACUCACAUUUCCAGUCAAAACCCAGAGCUAAGUAGUGCUGCUCUACAGGCCUUGGGGUUUUGCUUAUAUAAUCCCAAAAUUUCCUCAGGAUUAUCAGAAGCAAACAUUCAAGAACUACUUUCAAAAUUGAAUGAUAUUGUUAAGACUUCAGACAAAAAUGUACGUACUAGGGCACUUUGGGUGAUAUCCAAGCAGACAUUUCCCACUGCUGUGGUUGCCAAAGUAGUAUCCAGUAUAAUUGAAACAUUAGAAAUAGUGUUUAAUAAAGGAGAUAUGCAUUCUGCCAUUGUUGAUUAUGAAGCAUUAAAUGUCAUCAUAAGGUUAAUUGAACAGGCCCCAGUUCAGAUGGGAGAAGAGUCAGUGAGGUGGGCAAAACUGGUCAUCCCUUUAGUGGUUCAUUCAGCACAAAAGGUACAUCUGCGGGGUGCAACUGCACUUGAGAUGGGAAUGCCACUGUUGUUGCAGAAACAACAUGAAAUAGCAUCUAUUACAGAGCAGCUUAUGACUACUAAAUUAAUCUCAGAACUCCAAAAGCUAUUUAUGAGUAAAAAUGAGACUUACGUAUUGAAGUUAUGGCCUUUGUUCGUCAGACUUCUUGGAAAGACCUUGCAUCGAAGCGGGAGUUUCAUCAAUUCUCUGUUACAGCUGGAAGAACUGGGAUUUCGUAGCGGAGCACCCAUGAUUAAAAAAAUAGCUUUUAUUGCUUGGAAGAGUUUAAUAGAUAAUUUUGCUUUAAAUCCAGAUAUACUAUGUAGCGCAAAAAGACUCAAGUUGUUAAUGCAGCCAUUGAGUUCCAUCCACGUGAGAACAGAAUCUCUAGCAUUAACAAAACUAGAAGUCUGGUGGUAUUUACUGAUGAGACUUGGACCUCAUCUUCCUGCUCAUUUUGAACAGGUUUGUGUGCCUCUGAUUCAGAGUACAAUAAGCAUAGAUUCUAAUGCUUCACCUCAGGGCAGUUCAUCUCGUGUAACUACUCCAACUGUAAAUCCUAUGACUCCUGUACACAAAGGUGCUUCCCCCUAUGGAGCCCCUGUAACUCCUCGAAUGAACUUGAGUUCAAAUUUAGGCGGGAUGGCCACAAUCCCCUCCAUUCAACUUUUGGGACUUGAAAUGUUGCUUCAUUUUUUGUUGGGUCCAGAAGUCUUAAGUUUUUCUAAGGAAAACAAACUUGCAUUGAGUUUAGAGGCACUUGAGCAUCCAUUAAUCAUCAGCCCUUCUUUUUUUUGCAAACAUGCAAGUACACUUAUCACUGCUGUUCAUGAUAGCUUUGUUGCAGUUGGAAAAGAUGCUUCUGAUUCCGUUAUCAAUGCUAUUUGGAAAGAACUGAUUACCUUGGUGAAGUCAGUUACUGAGUCAGGUAACAAAAAAGAGAGACCAGGUUCCGAAGUUUUGACUCUCUUGCUAAAAUCUUUGGAAAGCAUAGUAAAGUCGGAAGUAUUUCCUGUAUCAAAAACACUGGUCCUCAUGGAAAUUACAAUUAAAGGACUUCCCCAGAAAGUAUUAGGUUCACCAGCAUAUCAGGUUGCUAAUAUGGAUAUUCUUAAUGGAACUCCUGCUUUGUUUUUAAUUCAAUUAAUUUUCAACAAUAAUCUCUUGGAAGGUGGUAUAACAAAUGAAAGGUUCUUUCUUAAUCUGGAAACACUUGUAGGUUGUGUUCUCUCUGGUCCAACUUCACCAUUAGCUUUCAGUGACUCUGUUUUAAAUGUUAUUAACCAAAAUGCAAAGCAAUUGGAAAACAAGGAGCAUCUCUGGAGAAUGUGGAGUAUUAUUGUCAACCCAUUAACUGAAAUGAUUAAUCAGACCAAUGAAGUGAAUCAAGGUGAUGCCUUAGAACAUAAUUUUAGUGCCAUCUAUGGUGCAUUGAUUAUACCAAUAAAUCAUAUUUUUUCAGUACAGAAAUUUCCAACGGCGACGAUGAUGAUCUUACUUAGAACUUGGUCAGAAUUAUAUCGAGCAUUUGCUCGCUGUGCUGCUUUGGUGGCAACUGCAGAAGAGAAUUUGUGCUGUGAGGAGCUUUCUUGCAAAAUACUGUCCAGUUUGGAUGAUGAAGGCCUUUCGAAUUUAUUGUUUUUGGAUAGACUUAUUUAUGUUAUUACUGUAAUGAUUGAUUGCAUCGACUUUUCACCAUAUAAUAUUAAACAUCAGCCUAAAGUUAAAUCACCUCAGACAUCUUCAGAUUGGUCCAAAAAGAAGAAGGAGCCCCUGGGGAAGUUGGCUUCUUUAUUUAAGCUUAUUGUGAAAGUGAUAUUCUCUUUCCACGCUCUGAGCCUCAAGGAGGUACAUUCUGAUACUCUCCUUGCUGUUGGCCAGUCAAUCAUCAGUAUUCUUUCCAACGUACUUGGACACAUUUCUUUACCUUCUAUGAUCCGAAAAAUAUUUGCAACUUUGACAAGACCUAUGGCAUUAUUAUAUGAAAACACAAAGCCUGAUGAAGUCCCUAAAGUGUAUAGUUGUCUGAACAACAAGUUAGAAAAGCUGCUAGGAGAAAUUAUUGCUUGUCUGCAGUCCAGUUACACUGGGACUUAUGACAGUGAACUUCUUGAACAGCUCUCCCCAUUAUUAUGUGUAAUAUUUCUGCACAAGAACAAACAGAUUCGAAAACAGAGUGCUCACUUCUGGAAUUCCACAUUUGCUAAAGUGUCGAUGUUGAUUUAUCCGGAAGAGUUAAAAUCGGUACUAAGACAAGCUAAACAAAAAUUACUGCUUCUGUUGCCUGGUUUGGAAAACGUUGAAACUAUGGAGGAAUCCAGUGAACCAUAUUCAGAUGCAACAGAAAAUUCACAGUUAAAUGUGAAGAUAAGUGGCAUGGAAAUAAAAUCAAGUGGAAAAAGAGAUUCCCUUUUGGCACAGAAAAAGGAUACAAAAGAAAAUAUGAAACCACCAGCCAAAUUGAAAUUGGAAUCUUUAUCUACAAAAAUAAAGAAUGAAAUUCUUUUGGAAGAAGAAAAGUCUACGGACUUUGUGUUUAUACCACCAGAAGGAAAAGAAACAAAGGAAAGAAUACUAACUGAACAUCAGAAAGAAGUACUCAAAACAAAGAGGGGUGAUAUUCCUGCCAUGUAUAAUAAUCUGGAUGUUUCACAAGAUACCUUAUUUUCUCAGUAUAGUCAGGAAGAGUCUGUAGAAAUUCCUAAUCUGACUGAAAAACCAAAGGAAGAUUCCAAGAUGAGGAUUACGAAGGAGGAAAUGGAGAGUGACGUCAUCAUUCCUCAAGAUGUCAUGGAAAACUGUGGUAUGGAUGAGCAUCUUGAAAAGGCUUCAUUUUUAAAUAAGGAAUGUGGUUCUUUUGAGAGAACCAAUCCAGAAAUACUGAGCAAUAAUAAUGAUACCAGAAAAAAAUCUUUAAUUUCAUCAGAGAAAACUUCAACGGAAUGCAUAUCUAAUACAGAAAACAAUUUUGGUGUCAGUAGUAGCUCAGUUUCUAAUGCCACUAUUUCUGGAACUCCGCAGCCUACAAGCCGAAGGCAAACCUUUAUUACCUUGGAAAAGUUUGAUGGCUCAGAAAAUAGGCCAUUUAGCCCAUCUCCCUUGAAUAAUAUGUCCUCAACCAUUUCACUGAAAAGUAACCAGGAAAGUGUAACUAAAGUAGAUAAUCCACCCAAAACAAAGAAAAGAGAAGUGACUAUUUCAAAAUCUGACUUCGAAAAAAUAGUAAAUGGAAUUAAGAGGUCAAGUCGAAGAUCAAGUAAAGCCGAACAAACAGGGAAUAAAAGGUCUAAGUCCUUAAUGAGAUCUGAACAAGAGAAAAAUAAUCAGGAAUAUAUUGAUGGCAUGGUAGCCUUAGAAAAUAACCCACCUGCUUUACUUAAUCAAGCAGACUGUGUGCCAGAUAAUCAGGCUUCUCUUUCCGAAUCUACAAUGGAAUGUGAAGAUACUAAACUUAAACCGACAGUAGAAAGUGCUGUGGUAUUGGAAAAUAGUAUAGAAGAGAAAAUUUCUGGUAUUAAUUUGGAAUCCAAAGAAAAUACACCCCCAGCAACAGUAUCAGGAGAUCAAAUGGUAAAUGAAGAUAAUCAGGUUCCAAUAACUCCAAAUCAGAAAACUCUUAGGCGAUCUUUAAGACGACGUUCAGAAACAGCAGAAUCUAACCCUGAUAGCCAAGAUAAGGAAAAUAAUCACCUAAAAAAGGAAAGGCGUAAAGAGGAAGAAAAGGUUCUUCAGAAGAGUCCAUUGCAUGUAAAAGAUGACGUGUCAACAAAGCACCAGCUAAUUUCUGAACAAGCUGUACAAGGAAAUUUACAUGAGAAGAGUUUUGGGGAAGCUAGUACUAACACUGAAGUGGACCAAAAUAGAAGAAAGCCAGACCUUGAGAAUCUUAAGUCUGAGGGAGAUAGUGCCCAGGAUAUUGCAGAUAAGUCCUCUGAGAAACCAAUAAGGGGACGAACACGGUAUCAAACAAGAAGAGCAUCCCAGGGUUUGCUUUCCAGUAUAGAAAAUUCAGAAUCUGACAGUUCUGAAGCAAAAGAAGAAGGUUCUAGAAAGAAGAGGUCUGGAAAAUGGAAAAACACAAGCAGUGACAGUGUUGACAAUGAAGAUCAAGAAGAGAAAAUGGUAAAACAGGACUGUAUAAAAGUUGAAAAUCAGACCCAUGAUAAUAAAAUAAGUUCUGAAGGUGAUAAAUCUAAGACUUGUGACAAAAAAGAUGAAAGUAGUACUGUAGCUCUUCAAGAUUCUGCAGUAUCUUCAGACUUGUUAGAAGUUGAUGAGGUACCAAAUACAUAUGAGGGAAAGAGUAAAACUAACAGAUGUACAGAAUAUUCCUUUACAAGUCCCUCUGCGCCAGAGUCAAAUCUAAGGACUAGAAAUGCCAACAAAAGGUUGCAUAAGCGAGAUUCUACAGAAAAUAACAGUGUAGGAGAAUCCUCAAAAACAGGGACAUCAGACACUUCAUUGCUUUCUGAAAAAACUCUCCAAAUACUUGAAUGCCAACACAAGAGAAGUAAGAGAGUGAGGAGAUCAAAAGGUUGUGAUUGCUGUGGAGAAAAAUUACAGCCUCAGGAAAAGCCAUCCACUGGGUUAAAGAACACAGAAAAUUAUGAUAUAAAGAUCAGCGAAACAAAAAAGAUAGAUUUGCAGACACCUCUAACUGUAUCAGAAACUGCUAGAGCAAAUCUGUAUUCAGAAGUAAAACAUUUAGAUGAGCAUCAGAGUGUGAAUUUUCAUUUGGAUCUUAAGGAGGAGAAUGAUUCUAUUAAUGAUUCGUUAAUUAUAAAGGAAACUGACUUGAAGGCAAAUAAUUUUCAAGAAUCUCCUCCUCCUGAAAUAGAUAAAGAAGAAACUUGCAGCAUGGAUUCCCGUGAAGCAGUAUCUCUUGAAAGUCGGGAUACAGCUAAUAAAAAUCUUGAAACAGUUGGUCUGUCUUUAGGUGAUUCCAAAAAUGUUUCACAGGAAAGUUCUCCAUUAGAGAUUAAAGAAAAAAAUCAAGAAGCUACCCCAAAGAAGGAAUCAGGUCAAGAGAAUGUCAUUAAUGUUGAAGCAAAUGUAUAUAAAGUAAAAGAAUCCAAUGUGGAGGAAAUUGAAUUUAUGCAGUUGGAUCUGGAAAGUAAUAAAUCUGAAGUUAGCAACACUGAACAAGAGAAUGCCAAAACUGUUAUUUCUGAAGAGGAGGGAACAGAAGAAAAGAAUGAAGGAAAUGUUGGAUCUAAAGCAGAUGCUGCUGAACAAAAUGCUAAAGCAGCAACUAAGGAAUUUAAUUCAGAAAUUGGUCAUUCUGAUACUAUUACACCUGUGAAAGAGAGGGCUCAAGCUGAGAUUUCUGGGGAACAAGAUGGAGGAAGUGUUAAGUCUGAUCCAGGAUCAUCUGAAGAAGUGAGUGUUGAAAUGAGAAAUUGUGAAGAAGCAGUAAUAAGUGAUGUGAAUGCUGAAACUGAUCAUUUCAAAGAAAUAGAGGCUGGAAAUAUGACUACCAAAACUUCUAAGCCUGAAGAAGCUGAAACAGAAAGAUUGAAUGCAGAAAUUUACAACUCUGUUCCUGACCUACUUGAAAUGAACACUGAAGAAGGAAGGACUGACUCUAGUAAGACUGACACAAAUACUGAACUUAAUAAAUCUGAUGAAACAGAAUUGGAUGACAAUCAUAUGAGCGUGGACUGUGAUAAUGAAACUUUGGAGGAAGCUCACCAUACUGUAGAGAAAGUGAAGGAAUCACCACAGCCUGUAAUAUCUGAAACAGCUGUCUCUCAGCUGAUAACAGAGGAUAAUUUAUCUCCUCAAAAAUUAAGGGAACUUGAUCCUUUCUUUGUGUCAGCAAAUGACAGUCCUAGUGGUGUGCAGACACGCUGUGUCUGGUCUCCUUUGGCUUCUCCAUCUACCAGCAUUUUAAAGAGAGGACAGAAAAGACCACAAGAAGAUGAGAUCCCAUCUCCUGUUAACAAGGUUCGCCGUGUAUCCUUUGCAGAUCCAAUAUACCAAGCAGGAUUGGCAGAUGACAUUGAUAGGCGAUGCUCUAUUGUUAGGUCCCAUUCUUCAAAUAGUUCUCCUGUAGUAAAAAGUAUUAAAACUUCACCUACUGCACAAUCUAAGCGUAAUACCACUUCAGCCAAAGGAUUUCUGUCCCCAGGAUCACGUAGCCCUAAAUUUAAGAGCUCAAAGAAGUGUUUAAUUACAGAAAUGGCCAAAGAAUCUGUGCCAUAUCCAACAGAAAGUGUUUACCCAGCUUUGGUGAAUUGUGGGGCACCGGUUGACAUCAUUUUACCUCAGAUUACAUCAAAUAUGUGGGCAAGAGGCCUGGGACAACUCAUUAGAGCCAAGAAUAUAAAAACAAUUGGUGAUUUGAGUACUCUUACAGCAUCUGAAAUAAAAACUCUUCCUAUCCGUUCUCCGAAAGUGUCCAAUGUAAAAAAGGCCCUCAGAAUAUAUCAUGAGCAGCAGGUGAAGUCUCGUGGACUAGAAGAGAUUCCAGUUUUUGAUAUUUCGGAAAAAACUUUAAACGGAAUAGAAAAUAAAUCUCCCUCUACUGAUGAAGAAAAACUUGCCUCAGAUUUGAUUGAUCCUGUUGCUUUAGAAUCUCCACUAUCUAAAAAUCUCAUGGCACAGAUAAGUGCACUUGCUCUUCAACUGAAUUCAGAAGAUCUCCAUAAUUACUCAGGAAGCCAACUAUUUGAAAUGCAUGAGAAACUUGGUAGUAUGGCAGACUCUAUAAUAAAAAAUCUACAGUCACGUUGGAGGUCAGCAGUCCAUGAAGAUUCUAUUUAG